CCCUCUUAAAAAAUUUAAUAGUGAUUAGCAAUUUAAUUAAACUUGGUCAAAUGUUUCUCCUUGCAUAUUCAAAGUCCAUUCUAGGAAUAGAAUUUCGGACUUGGGGCUACUGAUGAAAUGGGAAUUGAACAGCAAUGUAACCCCAACAGCAAGCCGAAGCCAUCGAUGGUCCGAAGCCAUGUCUUCGGUAUUGUCUUCUUCGCAGUAGGCCUCUCCCUUGGUAUCACAAUUGGAGUAUGCAUCAAGACCUCGUCGUUCAACAUAAACCCGACCUAUAUCUUCACUCAAUUCCCCUCGGCUCUGCCCCAGAUGUCGCCACAGGCACAGCCGGUAGAGUCCGAGUCUGCUGCUACCCCUCCACUGGUCAGCCUUGCGCUUAAGCGGCAUGACAUGGAUGACGAGGAGUUGUUCUGGAGGGCGACGCUGGUCCCGAGGAUUAAGAGGUUCCCCUUCGAGCGGGUCCCGAAGGUGGCCUUCAUGUUCUUGGCUAAGGGGCCCCUGCCUUUGGCCCCGCUGUGGGAGCUCUUCUUCAGAGGGCAUGAAGGGCUCUAUAGCAUUUAUGUCCACUCUCAUCCUGCCUACAACGAGGUAGUGCCCGAGGAAUCUGUCUUUCAUGGCCGAAGAAUUCCAAGCAAGCCGGUGGAAUGGGGCAGAGCAAGCAUGAUGGACGCGGAGCGGCGCCUCCUAGCCAAUGCCCUGCUCGACUACUCCAACGAACGGUUCGUGUUACUCUCUGAGGCCUGCAUCCCUCUCUUCAACUUCUCGACAAUCUAUACCUACCUCACCAACGCCAACCAGAGCUACCUCAACCUCUUUGACGACCCGGGCCGGGACGGGCGGGGCCGGUACAAUCCUCGGAUGUCACCGGCCAUCAACAUCACCGACUGGCGGAAGGGAUCACAGUGGUUUGAGGUAAACCGGGACAUGGCUGUGGACAUUGUCUCGGACGACAAGUGCUACUGGGUCUUCCGGGAGUUCUGCGUCAAGGAGAACAGGCCGGCAUGCUACCUGGACGAGCACUAUAUCCCCACGCUCAUAAACAUGGUCUCCCCCGACCGGAACUCGAACUGGACUGUCACGUGGGUCGACUGGUCCAAGCGAGGCCCGCACCCGGGGAGAUUUAGGAGGUGGGAUGUAAGCUUGGAGUUCAUAAAUCAGAUUAGGUAUGGGGCAAAUUGCACUUACAACGGUAACCCGACCUCGACGUGCUUCCUUUUUGCUAGGAAGUUCAUGCCCGACACUCUCCAACCUUUGUUGCAAAUUGCACCAACAAUUUUGGGCGUUAUUCCUUAAUUAAUAUUCAAUUAAAUACGAUUACUAAUUGCUUGGUCAGCCAAAAUAUUGUAUUUUGCAACAUGAUGGAUGGUUUUAUCGGUAAGAAAAUUGAUUAUAGGACUGAGAAUUAGUGAUCACUUGGAAUGUAUUACGCCUAUUCAACCUAAUUUGGUCUGUUAAUGCCAAUUUCGAUUGCUGGCACUGUUGUAAAGGCUACAGUACUUGC